CCGGCGUUGAGUCGCGGCCAGCAGAGUUUAGGGUUUGGCUCUCGCCAAAAAGCAGUCACGCGCCACCACCAGUUUUGUGUGGUGUCUUGACUACUGAGCACUGAACCCUACACUGCUCCCGACCGACACACAGACACUCGUUGCUUCACAUCUCUCGUUCUUCCUCAUCAGCACUGUCGACGGUCUUUUCGCAACAACACCGCAGCAGCAAUGGCCAUCGCAAAGAACUACCCCAUCCUCUCCAACCAUUUCAGAAAGCAAUGGGACCGCCGAGUCCGCGUCCACUUCGACCAGGCCGGCCGCAAGCAGCGUCGCAGAACCGCCCGUGUCGCUAAGGCCGCCCGUGUCGCUCCCCGACCCGUCGACUCCCUGCGCCCCGUCGUCCGCGCUCCCACCAUCAGAUACAACCGCCGUGUUCGCGCCGGCAAGGGCUUCACUCUCGAGGAGCUCAAGGCCGCUGGCAUCCCCAGAAAGUUUGCCCAGACCGUCGGCAUCGCUGUCGACUUCCGUCGCCAGAACAGAUCGGUCGAGGGUCUCGAGGCCAACGUCGCCAGACUAAAGGAGUACCAGGCCAAGCUCAUCCUCUUCCCCCGCAAGGCUGGCAAGCCCAAGGCCGGUGACGCUGACGCUGCUGCUAUCGCCGAGGCUUCGCAGAUCAAGUCUGUUGCUGCCGCUCUUCCUAUCGUCCAGCCCGUUCCCGAGACUGCUCCCCGUGCUAUCACCGAGGAGGCCAAGUCUGUCAACGCCUACCGAACCCUGCGUGAGGCCCGCUCUGAGGCCCGCUACCUUGGCAUCCGUGCUAAGCGGGCUAAGGAUAAGGCUGACGAGGCUGCUGAGAAGAAGAAAUAAGCUAGUUCUUCUUUGAAGUGGGGUGUAUGAAAUGGAGUAUUUUUUGUGUGCAUGACCUAGGUCAAAAUAUCUAAAAACGAAAGAUUAGGGAAUCUUAAAAACUUCGGGAUUGUACAUGAUUUUUAUUGUAAAUCUAAUAGAAAAGUUCAAAUAAGCUAAAUGUAGAU